AUGAAUGCCGGCAUGAAUAUGAGCGGUAUGGGUCGCGGUGGCUUCAAUAACCCGCAGAUGAACAUGAUGGGCGGGUUCAAUGGAGGAGCGAUGGGAGGUAACUUCAACAACAACAUGAUGGGCGGUUUCAACAAUGGCAUGGGAGGCUUCAACAAUCGAGGCGGCAUGAUGGGCGGCAACAUGCGUGGAGGUUUCCAGAACAACCGCGGUCGAGGCGGUAUGAUGAUGCCAAACAUGAACAUGGGCAUGGGAAUGGGUAUGAAUAACAUGGGCAACAUGAACAACAUGGGAGCUAUGGGUGCCAUGGGUAUGGGUAACAUGAACAUGGGUAAGUUCAAAAUCACAUCAACGAUCAACUCAUGCUCAUUUCUGUCAGGAGGCUUCGGCAACAACGCGCAAGGAGGACACUUCAAUCCAGGCUUCUUCGGCAACGGAGGUGCAGCAAAUGGUAACUCGUCGGGUGGCAGCAUGUCGCCUGGUGGCAAUCCCCAUGGUGCUAAGAGACCCCGGCCGGAAUAA